UGGAAAUUUCACGUAAAAAUAAGAUUUUUAUUGUUUUUGAUAAGGGUUUUCUUCUCUUGUUUCUUCUUCAACUCAUUGUUUCUGCAGCAAAUUCUUUCUCUGAUCUCUGCCAUGGAAAUUGCCACUAAUGUUGGAGGUGCUAUUCUCUCUCCUGUCUUUAAGACGUUGAUUGAUAAGUUGGCUUCCCAGGACUUGCUCAAGUAUGCGAGCGAAGGAAAAGUCCUGACUGAACUCAAAAAAUGGAAGGAGAUAUUGGAGGAAAUUUAUGUGGUGCUUGAUCAUGCAGAGGAGCAGCAAAUGACGAAUCAACUAGUGAAGAUAUGGGCAGAAAAGCUCAGGGACUUGGCUUACGACGUGGAGGACAUUCUUGAUGAGUUUGACUUCGAGGCUCAAAGGCGCAAGUUGGAAGCUGGUGCAAGAAAGGUACGAAAACUCAUUCCUGCUUCUUAUGCUGGGUUGAAGUUCAAUGCUAAGAUGAUUUCCAAGAUAAAGGAAAUUACUACCCGAUUAGAAGAGAUCAGGUCGCAGAAAAAUCGCCUGGAUCUGAGAGUUAUUGCGGGUGAGAGGAGCAGUAGAGUACGGGAAAGAAGACCAACAACCUCUGUGGUGAAUAAAGAAGAGGUCUAUGGGAGGGAGGAAGAUAAGAAGGCGAUACUUGAAUUUUUGAAUGCUAAAUCAAGUGAGGCAGGUGUCUCCGUUAUUUCCAUAAUUGGUAUGGGAGGCCUUGGCAAGACAACUCUAGCUCAGCUUGUCUUUAAUGAAGCCAAGAUGAACUUUGAUUUAGCGGCUUGGGUCUUAGUUGGUGAUGAUUUUGACGUUUUCAGAAUUACCCGAACAAUUUUCCUGUGGUUUGGUGGACAUUAUGAUGGCGAAGAUUUGAAUUUUCUUCAAGAAAAUUUGAAGGAAAGGCUGCUUGAGAAGAAAUUUUUUAUUGUCCUAGAUGACGUUUGGAAUGAGAAGUAUGGGGAUUGGACUCUCUUUCAUGGUCCUUUUCAACAUGGGGCAAAAGGAAGUAGAAUAGUUUUCACAACUCGUAGUGAACGUGUUUCGCGAAUGAUGGGUUGUGUUCAUUCUUAUACUCUUAAGCAGUUGUCAUAUGAUGGUUGUCUGUCUAUCUUAGCCCAACAUGCUUUGGGAGCAACAAAUUUUGACGAGCACUUGGAUCUGAAGGCAAUAGGUGAAAAAAUUGCCAGAAGAUGUCAAGGGUUGCCUUUGGCAGCGCAAGCUAUUGGAGGGGUUCUACGAGGUGAAAGAAAUCAUAAUGUGUGGGAGAAAGUGUUGAGGAGUGACAUUUGGAAAGAAGAAACUGACAUUUUUCCUGCAUUGCGGUUGAGUUACCAUCACCUUCCUUCUCAUUUGAAACGGUGCUUUGCUUACUGUGCUAUUUUUCCAAAAGAUUAUCAAUUUGAUGAGAAUGAGCUGGUUCUAAAAUGGAUGGCAGAGGGAUUUCUUCAGCAACAGCAGGAAUUGAAGCAAAUGGAAGCCUUGGGUCAUGAAUAUUUCCAGGAUUUAUUGUUAAGAUCCUUUUUUCAACCGUCUACUAGCAAUAAAUCACUGUAUGUAAUGCAUGAUCUAAUUAAUGAUCUAGCUCAUUCUGUUAGUGGAGAAGUGUGCUUUAAUUUGGAUGAUAAGUCCAAGAGCAUAAAUUCAUAUUCAAAGGUUCGCCAUUCUGCAUUCAUUAGCUAUCCCUAUGAUAUCUCCCAAAGGUUUGAAGUUUUCAAAGAAAUGAAUAGUUUGCGAACGUUUUUAGCACUACCAAAAUAUUGGGGAAACUAUUUAGCUAGUAACGUGGUGCAUGAGUUGGUGCCUACAUUGAAACGUUUAAGGGUGCUAUCACUGUCUAGUUAUCAAUUUGAAGAGCUCCCAAGUUCAAUCGGUGACUUGAAACAUUUACGGUAUCUUGACUUGUAUCGCUCUGGUAUCCAUAGAUUGCCUAACUCGUUGAGUAACCUUUGGAACUUACAGACAUUGAAGUUACGCUGGUGUUAUAACCUCACUGAGUUGCAUGCAGGCAUUGGCAAUUUAAGCAACUUGAUGCACAUUGAUCUCAUUGGUACAGAUAGGUUGGUAAAGAUGCCACGGGAGAUGGCCAAUUUGACAAAUCUCCAAACGUUGUCUAAGUUUAUAGUGGGAAAAGGCUAUGGACUUGGAAUAAAAGAGUUGAUGAAAUUUCCUAAUCUAGGAGGGCAGCUUCAAAUUGAGGGGCUACAAAAUGUGGUGAACAUUCAAGAUGCAGAGCUUGCUGAUCUAAAGAAGAAGGAAGGUCUUGAUGAAUUGGCAUUGGCAUGGACUAAUAAUUUUCAAAAUUCACGAAGUGAUGAGGAUGAAUUACUGUUACUCAGCUUUCUACAACCUCAUCAAAAGCUGAGAAAACUUUCGGUCAAAUUUUAUGGUGGUAAGAAAUUCCCGUCAUGGAUAGGAGAUCCCUCAUUCACAAACAUGGUGGAUGUAGAGCUCUGCAGUUGCCCCAAUAUAAUCUCACUACCACCCCUGGGGUUACUAUCCAAACUCAGAAACCUGAGAAUAGAAGGCAUUGGUGGAGUGGCUGAAGUGAGUGUUGAGUUUUAUGGGCACAAUUCCUCUUCUUUACAGCCUUUUCCAUCUCUGGAGACUCUUGAAAUUCAGAAUAUGUUGGAGUUGAAGCACUGGGCUUGUUCUGAUGGUCGCAAUGAAGAGGCUGCUGGAAAUUUUCCGAAACUUCAUGAACUGACAAUAAUUAAUUGUCCUAAGUUGGAUGGGAAACUGCCUCGCUGUCUUCCUUCACUCAAGAAACUAAAUAUUGAAAAAUGCCAAGAGAUGAUUCUCAGAAGCGUGCCUGAUCUAACCUCCCUCACAACCUUAAAAAUUAAGAGUAUUUCUGGGCUUGCAAAGUUAGAUGAAGUGGUUACACAGGCCUUGGUGGCACUUGAAGAUCUGGUGAUUUGUGGUUGCAGUCAACUGAUGUACUUAUGGCAAGAUUCGACUAAUUUAGAUAAGCUUGCUUGUCUACACAAUUUAGAGAUUAGCCGCUGUUGGAAGCUCAUGUCAUUGGUAGCGAAAGAGGAAGGCCUUUUGCCUUGUAAUCUUGAAGUUUUGAGCGUAGAGGGUUGUUGUGAAUUAGAGAAUCUGCCAAAUAGGCUGCACAGCCUCGCAUCUCUGAGAAUUUUGAGCAUCACUUAUUGUCCAAAACUUGUGCACUUUCCCGCUACGGGUUUACCUUGCAGUCUUAAAGGUCUCCAUAUUCAAUCUUGUGAUUCUCUAGAGUCAAUGCCAGAGAGCAUUAUGCAAGUCAGUAAUACUAGCAAUGAGAGAACUCAUCUCGAGGAUUUGCGUGUCAUAGGAUGUUCAUCUCUUACAUCCCUUCCAGUUGAUGAAUUUCCUCAUUCGGUUAAGCGCAUUCAAUUUUGCUGUUGGACAACACAAUUAUUGGAGUCGCUUGAUGAUAGGUUCUCGCACCUUACUAAAUUAGUAAUACGCAACUCUCCCAAGUUAGAGUCUUUCCCAGAAAGUGGAUUGGCCAUCCCCAAUCUUAGCCGUUUCACCAUAGAAGAUUGUGCGAAUUUGAAGUCACUACCUAAUCAGAUGCAAAAUCUGAAAUCUCUUGUAUCUCUAGCGAUAAGAAAUUGUGGAGGUUUGGUGUCGUUUCCAGAAGGGGGUUUACCGCCAAACCUAAUUUAUCUUUCCAUUUUUUAUUGCGAGAAUCUGACACAGCCUAUGUCAGAGUGGAGACUCCAAAGACUCGCCUCUCUUCAAAAUUUGGAAAUCAGAGGCACAAGUCCAAGUACAGAAAUGGUUUCCUUUCCAGAUGAGGAGUGCCAACUCCUUCCCUCUUCCCUAACCUCUCUUGCAGUCGGUGGAUUUGAGAAUCUGAAAUCCAUAUCAAGGGGUCUUCAAAACCUCACCUCACUUGAUCAGUUACGGAUAAACUAUUGCCCUAAACUUCGAUCCUUGCCAAAAGAGGGCCUUCCUUCCACCCUUGCAGAAUUGCAUAUCAUAGAGUGCCCGCUUCUGCAGAAACGGUGCACAAAAAAGAAAGGAAAAUAUUGGCCCGACAUUGCUAAUAUUCCCUAUCUUCACAUCUAAAUAAAAAUCCAGAUAGAAUCCUGCACUCGGGAAACAAUGAUGGUAGGAUGAAGGACAAGGCACAACACAGAUGAGAGAAGAACCUGUAAUUCGUUACAAAGAUCCAAAGUCAUAGCUGUGGUUUUUGGUUGCAGCAAGGGAAAUUUGGUUUGGGCUCAGAGUUGAUGUCAUUGACGCUUGCUAGCAGCUGUUAAGAACCAAUCGGUCUUUAACCAUUAUCGAUUUGCUUAUCUUUAUAGGAUUCAAGUGUUCACUCAACAUCAUGAAUUGUGAAAUGGUUCCAUCACUUCCUUUAACAGAGGAACCUGCCUGACUCUUCCUGGUGGACUGGUCAUCAGAGCUGAAAAGAAUGGAAAAGGAUUUCAGGAUGGUCUGAGCUUGAAAAAUGCAGAAAAUGAGGCCAGCUUCCAGCUGCUGGGAGACCUGUCAUGAGAACUUAAAAAAGUUGGAUUUUUGCCAAUUAUUUUUCAAUUCUUGGGGCCAGUCACAAAUGAGGUUGCCAAUUAGUAUGAUGAUAGGUAAAGCAAAAGAAGCGGCAUCUACCCAGAUAUUAAGGCAAUUUUCAGCGUACAUUUUGAGCCUAGUUCCAUUGUUGUGAGACAUGAAAUACCUCUUUUACUGCCUGUCAAUUCCUCAAGGCAAACGGGGAAAUCCCAUCAAGGUUGUGAAGUUACAUGAACAAGUUAUUCUAGCUGAAAACUUGGAGCCACAAAAUUCCUUCUCAGUGCGCUUAAUGAUCCAAAGCCAUAGUCAUCUUAAAUAUAAAAGCUGGCAAAGAACCUUAAAAGACAUCUGUGUUUGACAAUCCUUUUCCUGCUAGGUUGUGUCGUGACAUUUCAAGGCUUGUAUUCAUAUGAUGUUGCUCUAUUUGCCUUACUUUGAAAGUUUGAAAGCUCAGGGUUUAGUGUUCAAAGUGUAUGCCCUUUGUGGGGCUUGCUUGGUGAAAGACCAUGCAACCUGAGGAGUAUAUCUUGUAUGUAAUUCCAAAUUUUAUUGCAACUGAAAUCACCCAUCAUGGAAUUAAAGUUCUGCAUUUGUGGUUGGAGGCCCUUGGUCUCUGCUACAUGAUUCAAC